UGUGUAAGAAUAGUUGAACAGAUCCAGCGCCAUAUAUAACCGUACUGUUUGGGACAUCCACGCGCGCUAUCCUUCAAACUGGCAUGUUCGCCGUGCACAGGAGCAAUGGCCUACGUUUUCUCCGUUCAGGAACUCGCACAGCUGCGUUUCAAGUGAGACAUUCAUCGACAUUUGCUGUCUGGAACCCACCCAAGCAAGCACCGCGAGAGGUUCCAACGCCUUUGGUUUUAUGUUCAGCAUCACAUUGGGAUUCAGGAACACGGAAUAACAUCCCCCAAAUUUUUGCUACAAUGCUCGCGGAGAAAGGUCACACUUGUAUUGAAGUCGAUUUUGGACUACCUGGUGACGGCGAAAUGUGCUCCAGCUCACAAGAUCUCAUGGAUCGUUUGAGUGAAGAGCUCAAAGUCAACUUGCACCUUUCCGGCAGUCCAUUUCCACCUGUAAUAUUCGCGCGAGGCUUCGCUUCUCUGAUCGCACAGGCAUAUAUCUCCUCCCACCCAGCACAGGGACUAUUCCUUAUUUCCCCUCCACCAUCGAACACGUCGUUGUUUCCUAGCAUUCUUCCCACCCCGCUAGGAGAAUUUGACUACGAACUCAAGUUUCCUGUCGCAGUUAUGGCCUGUCCCACAGAAAUGGUUCAGCUAAGGAAACAUAGUCGGUUAGGUCAAGAUGAGUUGGUUGACUUGAUUGAAAUUGACAACUUAGAAGGUCGCGAUGCUUUCCUGAGAAUAGAGCAGUGGUUAGACGAACUGGGGAUCUGAUAUCCUGGAUGUACCAUAUGUCUUUAUUUUCCUCACUGCGGUCGUUGCAUUUGCCUCUGAUCUGCUUUUAGACACAACCUGCGAAGGUUCCAGACCUACGCGUGUAGGAAAACACGACAAUGCAUAAACAGCGCUAAUCUCUGCAUCAACGAAAUGCAAACACAAAAGCGCCAGACCCUGGAAAAUGAACCUGCAAGAUGAGCGGACUCGCGUCUUUCGAAGACGCGAUUUCCAGAAUCACAUUGAUUAGACAAGGAGAAUGUACAAGUCAAGCUGGCUAGCGGUAGCAUGGGUGAAUGAAUGGAC